AUGGGCUCCGUGCUGAGCGGCCCCGAGGGCGGCAGGCCCCCGGCCCCCGCCCGCCCGGACCGCCGCCCCCCGGACCGCCGCGGCCAGGACCACCGCGGCCCGGCCCACCCCCCGGCCCGCCCCCCGGACGGCGUCCCGGCCCCCGGGGCCCCGCAGCUGCCGCUGUCCUCCUUCGACUGCUCCGUCUGCCUGGAGGUGCUGCACCGGCCCGUCAGGACCCGCUGCGGACACGUAUUUUGUCGCUCCUGCAUUGCCACAAGCCUGAGGAACAAUAAAUGGACGUGCCCUUAUUGUCGGGCUCACCUUCCUUCUGAGGGUGUUCCAGCUGUUGAUAUUGUUAAGAAAAUGAAAGCUGCAUACCAGGACUGCACAGAGUGUGAAACACCGGUGUGUCUCAGUGAAAUGCGAGCACAUAUAAGGAAUUGCAACAAAUAUAUAGAAAAAUAUGGACCUCUUCAAGAGCUUGGAGAAAUAGCAAUGAGGUGUGUGUGUCCAUUUUGCCAGCGAGAACUGGAUGAAGAUGGCUUGUUGGAUCACUGUCUUACUUAUCACAAAUCAGAGAGAAGGCCAGUGUUCUGUCCACUCUGCCGCUUGAUACCUCCUGGGGAUCCAAGCAGUUUCACCGGCAGCUUAAUCAAGCACCUGCAAAUAAGGCACACUUUGCUUUACGAUGACUUCCUAGACUUUAAUAUAAUAGAGGAAGCCCUCAUCCGAAGAGUCUUAGACCGUUCGCUUCUAGAAUACAUGAAUCAUUCUAGCAGCACCUAAUCUGCCGAUGGAGAAAACUGCGUUUCAGAGAUGGAUGUCAUUGCAAAGGGCAUUUAGGUGCUAUGUUAACAAUUACAGGGAAAUUGUCAACCUUUUGAAGGAAAGAAUUCAGCAUUCCCUUUAUAUGUCUACCACCGUUUUGCCAAGGGAUGUUCAACUUAUCAUUUACA